AUGCUCAACGGCGACGGUUUCACGGAGCCCGGGGAGGACCCCAACCGGCUGCUGUCGGACUUCUGUGUGCCCUGCGGCGUGGGCACCUUCUGCCCUGGCAAGUCUGGCGACUCCGCGCCCCAGAACUGCCCGGCCGGCACCUUCGGCCCCAUCCUCGGCGCCAAGAGCCAGCAGGGAUGCGUCGACUGCCCGGUGGGCACUUUCCAGGACAUGGAUGGCUCGUUCACCUGCAACACCUGCGCGUCCAACACGUUUGCGUCAGCCCCGGGGGCCACCCAGUGCGUCGCCUGCGGUGACGGCUAUCAGGUGUCUGCCGAGGGCUCGAACUUUUGCAACCCGUGCAGCCCCGGGAUGUACCGCGACAGCAGCAUCAGCGAGUCUUGCCAGGCGUGCCCGCCGGGGUCGAGCUCUGGGGAGGCGGCCGGCAAGUGCGCGGUCUGCAUGCCAGGCACGUACGCGCCCAACCCCCGGUCGGCCGUGUGCGGCGACUGCCCGCGCGGCAGCUACCAGCGGUCGUAUGGGCAGAAGAAGUGUGAACUGUGCCCCGCCGGAACGUAUGGAGACUCCCGCGGCCGCAGCGCGUGCAAGGUCUGCCCAGUGGGCCACUUCAAUCAGGAGUGUGGCUCCAUGUCCGCCACGGCGUGCCGGAUGUGCCCGGCCGGCCGGGCCGCGCCGCGCCCCGGCAGCAGCGCCUGCAGCACUUGCGGCCCCGGCUACUUCGCCGACCGCGCGGGGUCCGCCAGCUGCCGUGCCUGCCCGGCGGGAAGCUUCACGUCGACCAACGGCGCCACCUCGUGCACCGCCUGCCCCAAGGGCCACUACGCGGACCGCUCCGCCUCCAAGUCCUGCUCGCCCUGCCCAAUCGGCUUUUUCGCGCCCUCGACCGGCGCCGCGCGCUGCAUGUCAUGCCCGGCCGGCGGCUUCACAGGGGCGACGGGCGCGUGGACGUGCAGCCGCUGCCAGCCAGGCACCUACUCGACCCGCUCCGCCGCGAGCAGCGCGCUUACCUGCGCGGUCUGCCCGCCUGGGUCGUUCUCGUACCAGCAGGGUGCGACGAUGUGCACGCUCUGCCCGCCCGGCCAGUUCGCCGACGGGCCCGGCAGCACGGCGUGCAACGUGUGCCCCCUCGGCAGCUACUCGCCUUCGGCGGGGGGGCAGCGGUGCCUGCCCUGCAAGGACGGGUUCACCACCCCCAGCCUCGGCGCGUCGAGCGCCUCGGACUGCUCAGUCCGCGUCAUGCUGCUCAACAGCGGCAAGCGGUGA